CACCUCCUCCACUUUCGCUGUCGGGGUAGAGAGAGAGAGGAGAGAGAGAGAGAGAGAGUCGUUUCAUAACCGCUUCCCACAUAUUUCAUUCACACAUUUGUACCCACAAAUUCUCUGCAAGUCAAACCUCUGAACUGGAAGAUGAAUCAGCUGGUGGCGAGGGCAGUACUACGGCGAUUAAUCGGCGGCCGGAGCUGUAACCGCUGCUUGUCGACUUCGACGGCGGCGUUGGUUGUUGCAAGGCCGUUUGACGAGACGGCGGUGCUGUGGCGACAGGGCCACGGUUGGGGAGCAAUCGGCGGGGCAGAGUGGAGGAGGGCUAUGAGCACGGCGGCGGAGAGGACGAAGACGACGCCGGCGGUGGAGGAGAAGGAUCGGAAGGAGAGUGUUGCGGCGGACGAGAAGAAAAAGGACGGUGGUGAAGUUAUGGUUUCGAGCUAUUGGGGGAUUUCGAGACCGAAGGUUACCAGAGACGACGGGACAGAGUGGCCGUGGAACUGUUUCAUGCCAUGGGAGACUUACCAAUCAGACUUGUCCGUAGAUCUCAGCAAGCACCAUGUACCAAAAACAUUUCUGGAUAAAGUUGCUUUCCGGACUGUGAAGAUCCUCCGAAUUCCUACAGAUAUAUUUUUCCAGAGACGGUAUGGCUGUCGUGCAAUGAUGCUGGAAACUGUGGCUGCUGUGCCUGGUAUGGUGGGAGGAAUGCUUCUUCACCUUAGGUCUCUGCGCAAGUUUGAGCACAGUGGUGGUUGGAUCAAAGCACUGAUUGAAGAAGCAGAAAACGAGAGGAUGCACCUUAUGACCAUGGUGGAGCUUGUGAAGCCCAAAUGGUAUGAGAGGUUUCUGGUUCUCGCUGUGCAGGGGGUCUUUUUCAAUGCCUUCUUUGUGCUUUAUACGCUCUCUCCCAAAGUGGCACACAGAGUUGUUGGAUAUCUGGAAGAGGAGGCUAUACAUUCAUAUACCGAGUACUUGAAGGAUAUUGAUAGUGGAAAAAUUGAAAAUGUACCAGCUCCUGCCAUAGCUAUAGACUAUUGGCGACUGCCCAAAGAUGCGACACUGAAGGAUGUUAUAACUGUCAUCCGUGCUGAUGAAGCUCACCAUCGAGAUGUCAACCAUUUCGCUUCUGUAAGUACUACUGAACUUGGAGACACACGUGCAUCUGUUUGCUUUCAUAUACCAGAUAUGUUUCAUGAUAUAUAUGUAGUAGCUAUGGAUAGAGGUCGAUUUCCAGGAAAGGGUAGAAAAUGGGACCUAACCCAUUAUACGCCCAUGAUGUCCUUGCUUGAUGUUAGUUUAGAAGAAUUGGAGAAUAGAAUGAGCAUUUUUCUUCUGAAUUUUUGCCGGCCUUGUGCUUUUAGCAAGUAUCAGUAAAUUGUGUCAUUUACAUCUAUUCUUCGUCGUGUCUCCUAGUUUUAUGAGUCUGGCGUCAACUAGUCCAGUGUCACUGUAUUGCAUGUCAAAGACAUAAGUUUGCCUUUGGAAACUAGUGCAGUUGUUUCCCAUUGAUAACCAGUGUACAGUAGACUAAUUAUAUUUCAUUGCCAUUGGAAUCCAUGAGAGGAUGUCAAAAGAAGUUUGCACCAAUUUUAUUGCAUGUCACUCUGGCUGGGCAAGAAGAUGCAGUAGACUAACUUCUUCGGUUGAAUGCCAAACUUCUCUGCAAGUAUGAAAUGUGAAAUAUUGUUAAGAGGAGUUUUGACCCCUAGAAAAGUUCAGUCAAAAUUUGGAUUAGCUGUUUGAAAUGGUAGUUUGUGUGCUAUAAAUGUUUUUACCUACCGAAGAUUUUCCUAUAGAAAGUUCAUCACAUCCUACAAGAAUCAUGACCCUGGAAAGAGUUUAGCAGAAAUGUAACCGACUGUUCUAAAUGUUAUUUUGCACCUAGAAAAGGGUGGGGCCUCUACGCUUCACCUAUUAUUCGGGAGUGUUAUACUAAUUUGUAUUAUUGCUGACAAUAUCAAGGUACAGUAACUGAAACUAUAAACCAUUACUUUCAUUCACUUGAAACGUGUUGAAGUAACUCGUGAAUACCUUGAAGUCACUCUCCAUAUGAGACGGGGCUCUUGGUAGCAAUGGUAAAGGAAUAGAAAAGUAUAAUAUAUCAUUCUUAUCUAUCUGUGUUAUUUUGGAGAUUAAGAAAAUACGCUGAAUCCAUUUUGUGCUUGUUAACAUGCUUUCUACUUCUGUCAUUCGUGGGAAUGGCUCUCCAUUUCCUGCUUGGAUACUAACAGUUUUUAACGUUUAGCAGACACAUUAAGAACAGGAAACCAAACUUGGAAUUUGCCUUUUUGUAGACCAGAACUAGCACAUGUAAUAAUUAUGCUAAUGCUUGCUGUCUGGAAUUGUUUUCGAAUGUAUUGCAUUGAGUGGUUCUAUGUCUUUUAUACCUGUGUGCUCGUAUUUUACUUGAGAUUGGCUUAAUGAUUCGAAGUUUGUUUCAUAUUACAUACCCCUUGGAAUCGAUUUUUCUCGGAUGGUGUUUUUGCAUAUGAUGAUCUCUUGGCCUUGCAGGAUAUCCAUUACCAGGGGAAGGAGUUGAGGGAUGCACCAGCUCCUGUUGGUUACCAUUAAAAGCUUUGAUAGUUACCAUUAAAAGCUUUGAGGAGAAUGUCUGUUUCUGUCUAGUUUGGUAAUGCCGUUUCUGUCUAGUUUGUUAAUGCCGAGGACUCGGGUUUUACUAGAAUGAUUUGAGUUAGAAGUAGAAGCUUAUGAUUUCUCACUCUUCAAGUAUGAAGUCAGGAGGGGCAUUAUUAGUAUUUCAUGCCCUGGAUUUUCCCAAAAAACAAAUUUAUAUCUGGUGAUAUAUGCUCGUUGAAUUGGAUAUACCUUAAUUACGUUGUGUUACUAGAAAGUUUAUAAUGAAGUUGUAGAUCAUAAAAA